CGGAGGCGAGCCUUCCGUGGGCUCCAUGGAGUGCUGCGGCCGCCUGGGCAGAGGCGACGCUUCUUCCCCAGCACACGGACUUCAGUGACCUGGGCUCGUGCCCUGCCCCGCGUCGGAGCAGCAGCUUUCUCCGGGGCUGACCGGCUCCUCCCUGCUCUGCCACCUCGCUUCCCGACACCCCGGAGCCCGACUCGCCCUUGCUCCCACUCCCUGGCGGGGUGGCGGCCGCCGAGCCACCGCAGCGGCGUCAGGAGCAGCAGCGGCAACAGCCCGCCUCUAUGAUGAAGUUCAAGCCCAACCAGACGCGGACCUAUGACCGCGAGGGCUUCAAGAAGCGGGCGGCGUGCCUGUGCUUCCGGAGCGAGCAAGAGGACGAGGUCCUGUUGGUGAGCAGCAGUCGGUACCCAGACCAGUGGAUUGUCCCGGGAGGGGGAAUGGAGCCCGAGGAGGAGCCUGGCGGUGCUGCUGUGAGGGAGGUGUAUGAAGAGGCUGGAGUCAGAGGAAAAUUAGGCAGACUCCUGGGCAUAUUUGAGCAGAACCAAGACAGAAAGCACAGAACAUAUGUUUAUGUUCUUACUGUCACUGAAAUACUAGAAGAUUGGGAAGAUUCUGUUAAUAUAGGAAGGAAGAGAGAAUGGUUCAAAGUGGAAGAUGCCAUCAAAGUUCUCCAGUGUCAUAAGCCUGUACAUGCUGAGUAUCUGGAAAAACUAAAGCUGAGUUGUUCUCCGUCCAAUGGAAAUUCCACAGUCCCCCCUCUUCCGGAUAACAACACCUUGUUUGUAACUGCUGCACAGACCUCUGGCUUGCCAUCUAGUAUAAGAUAGAGAGAAUGGAAGGUCCUCUCUCACCAUGUGCAACCUCAUGAGGAGAGGCUUCUUUAUUUUCCUUGGCAAACAUCUGAAUGACGCUUGCAAACUGUCUGAAUUUGCCAUGCGAGGUUUUCAAACAAUUUGCAUGUUUUUCAGAUGCUUUCAAGUCUUUUUUUUAAUAGUGUAAAAUAUUUUAAUAAGCCAAAGCCAUGUGGAAUUUUUUUUUAGAUGCCUUAACUAUGCCCCCAACGCCACCUCACCCUGUUAUUUUGGUUGUCAUUUUUUCAGUUUUUUGUCCAUUUGAUGUCAGUCUGUGGUUUCUGUUGUAUCACGUUACUUGUAUGUUUACCUACCAACAAAUUAUUUUCUCAUUCCCAGCAUUAAUGUAGUGAACAUAUCUUUUUGUUGUGGGAAUUUACAAAAAUUAUUCUUGGUAUUAAAGAAAUCUAUCCAUCUGAACUUGUUUCAUAGGAUUACAAUUUUAUUUCACAAAUUCUGUAUUUGGACUAUUUCUGUAUGGUCCAAUAACUGUUUUGACAAAGGACCUAAUUUCUAUUUUCAGGAAUUUGUCAACUCAUUUGUCUCAAUUUUCACAACUGGUAUUAUGUCACUAGCAUAAUUCCCUUAUUUCUCAAUAGCCAUUUAACACAAAAUUUUAACACUGUAGAGUUGGUGAUUUUUAGGGUAAGCAAAUACAUCACCUUAUCAUGAAAUCGGCCUUCAUGGAAUUUGAGUUAGUACGCCCAGUUGCCAGUUCCCUUUAUUCAUGAUCUCUCUUUAAAAGAAUACCUGAAAACCAAAUUUCCCUCAAUGUAAAUUGCUUUUCAAAAAUAUUUUUUCCACUUUUGAAUUUAGUGACACCUCAUCAGUUAAACUUGUUGGUUACCAAUAACUACACCAAGGUUUGGAGUCCAUGACCUUGAAUGUCAGUGAUAACUGCGUCACAGUUAAAAUGGCCUUCUACUGUUUGGCCAUUACAGACUUAGAUUGUUAGGGCACCUUUAGAAUGUCUCAUCUCUUACAGGUUGUCGAUGGGUAUUUAUCACGUAAGUAACUUUUGGGGCACGGGAAUAUACCUGAACUCAGAAUUAUUUUGUCUUACACUUGUCUUUAUACAUAUUAAAAUCAAGAAUCUGGUCAAAAAUACAAAAGUACCUUGUCUGGAACUCCUGUACUUCCCCAAACAGACCAGAAAUGAGAAAAGAGGGAACACCUUUGAAUAAGAGGUGGGGUGGGGGACAAGGGCAAGAUCAUUCUGUAUGUAGACAUUAACCUUUGUAAAUAUUGUAACUGGUGAAUAUAUAAAGUAGAAAAUAAGCAUAGUUAUACAUUUGUUCUACAAAUUGUUAACUUUAAAAAAUACAAUUGCUGCUAAAGAUAGAGUGCUGUUACACUUAAGGAAAACUGGUGCCACUUUGGAAAAUGAGAUCUUGUGCCAUAAGUGCAGCUGAACUAGAUAUAAACAUCAGUUCACAAAUUAAUGCUGUCAAAGGAAUGAGUAAUUUAACCAAUGACAUUUCAUUCUAAAUUAUAUAGUGUGAUCAAACACGAUCAUCCGGAAUUUUUAUAUUUUUCUUUGUACAGGGGUUAUGUGUGUUCUGGGUGUUUUUUUUUUUUUUUAAAAGAAAACAUUUUAAAUCCCACAGAUUGACAUUUUCUAUCAAUCUUCAAUGGACUAAGAUUUUUGGUCUCAGUAAUCUCUGAAGUUUCUUUAAAUUACAUAAAGCAGAGAAACUGGAUUGUUUCUGUAUAUAGGACUGUGUCCACCUGAAAUACUGUCACAGUACUUGGGAAGGGUAUCUUGUACAUGACAUUAUCUUAGAGUUAACAGUGCAUGAACCUAUUUUAUAAACUUAGACUAUGUAUUUGACCUGUAAAAUAUGUACAGUAUUAAUGUCAGCCAUCUCUCAAACGUGAGCCUAUAAAUAUUGUUGUAUAAUUUUCUUUGGUCAGAAACAUUUGGAUGUAGUAGUGCCACUCAAGUCAGGAUUUCUUCAGUGCCAUUUAGCAAACCAACCAUCUUUAGUCUAUGCAACUAGCAGAAAUUUGUGUAAUACAACAGAAUAUUUCCAGUUAACACUUUCAAUUUCAAACAAGGGGUUUCUUCACUAUUCUGAAACCCUGGCCAGCAAAAUUAGCUGUUCAGAGAAUAAGCCUACAUUUUCAGGCUCAACAGUUGGAUCUACUACACACAACAAAAAAUGUCUACUAUCUCAAAGAUUACAGUGUUGAGACUGUCAUUUGUGCUUUCUGUGGGGCAGCUGGAUAAAGUUGGACAGCUAAAAUUUCAGUCCUACGUGCCUCCUAAGUAAAAUAAGUUUGUAAACUGACUUCCAGAUACUGAGUAGCAACUACCCUGCCUGUUGUUGGGACUUUGUUUUUUUUUGUAAACAGGUGAAACUUUCCAACCAGACACAUGCAGCUUCAGUUUUCCAGGGCUGAUUCGACAGUAAUAUAGAACAGCAAAACUGAAGGGGGGUGGUGAUUGUUGUAUACAGUUUCAAUUGCUUUGCAUGGUCUCAUUUGAAAUAAUUGGUGUAAGAAUCUUGACUUUUUUUAUAUUUGGAAACAUUAAAUAAAAAUGGAAAUAAA